AUGUCCUCAACACAAAAAUUACACGUCGCGAUAGUCGGUGGCGGCCUAGGCGGAAUAUCGCUAGCCAUUGCCCUCAAAGUCCGCAACAUCUCCUUCACAAUCUACGAAGCAAAGGGCGCUUUCACAGAGAUCGGAGCCGGUAUCAACCUCGCGCCGAACGGUCUUCGUGCUCUCAGAGAAAUCGAGCCGUCCCUCGGUGACCAGAUUUACAAGCUUGCCACGAGAAAUGUGCCGCCAAACGAAGAUACUUGGAUGUGGGUGCGAUAUGGCGCGGCGUCUGGGGAGCAUGCAGAUGGCGAGACGAUAAUGGAGCUGAAAGCGCCGCCCACGGGGAACUUGGCUAUGCAUCGGCAGGAGCUUCUCGCGACGCUUGCGCAGCGGAUGGGGCUUGAGCACGCAAGAUUCAACAAGAAGUUGCGGGCUUUUCAACAGCACAGUGACCAUGUCAAACUCGAGUUCGAGGACGGCACAGAAGACACCGCCAGUAUAUUGGUAGGAUGCGACGGCGUGCAUUCCGUCGUCAGAGCAAGCAUGUUCGGCAGCGAUAACAUUGUCAGCCGCCCGCAUUUCAACCAGGACGGUGCCUAUAGAGCUGUCAUCGCAAUGGAGAACGCGCUCGAAGUGUUCGGCGAUACAGCGCGCCAGAGUCAAGUCCUGCUCGGUCCGAACGGGUACAUGAUUUACUACCCGGUAAACGGAGGCACAGCCGUGAACGUGGGCGUCUGGAUCUCCCGCCAGGGGCAAACCUGGGGUCGGAAAGACUGGGUCGUUCCAGGCCAAAAGCAGCAGUUCCAGGAAGAUCUUGAGAAGUGGGGUCCUAGAGUGCAUAAGCUCCUUGCGUUCUUCGAUACUGACCCUGCAUUUUGGGCUGCGCAUCAGCAUGUUCAUCAGCCGGAGUCUUUCGCAGAUGGCCGUAUUAUUUUGAUAGGCGAUGGCGCUCAUGCAAUGCCACCGCAUGCGGGAGCUGGCGCUUCACAGGCCGUCGAGGACGCAUACGUCCUCGCUGAAGUACUAACCAUGAUUAGCGACGGAGACGAUUCUCUAGCCACAGUGAGUGCGGCGCUACGUGCAGCCGAGAGCGUGCGGAAGCCUCGGUUUCUGAAAGUCCAAGAUAUCAGUACUCGCUCCGGACCCGAGUGGUACUCAUUCCAUGUACGGCAGCUUGAGGGCGCGCAGCUGGAUGAGUGGAAGACGUUUAUGAAAGAACGUAUUGAAUGGAUAUGGAAUGUUGAUAUGCGUGCUGAAGGAGUUAAGGCGAAACAGAUCGUUGCCGAUGAAGUACAGACUAAGGAUUGA